AUGUCCGACAAACAGGAACCGAACGGUAAAGGGACUGCUGCUAAUAUAACCGACCAAGAACGCGAUUGGGCUCAGCAAGCAUUGGCUGAAUAUGAACAAAAAAAUUACAAAUCUUGCCUAGAACAUCUGCAGCGAAUCGAAGCUUCGAGACCCAACGAUCCCAAAGUACUGCUCAACAAGGCCAUCGUUGAGUUCUACGAAAACGGCCUGUGCACGUCCGACAAGUUUCAAAAGUCGUUUAUAGAUGUCUGUAAGCAGGUGGAAUUAAAUCUAGAACUGUUGGAUUCUUUAGAAGAUGUUGAAAACUGCAUUUACUAUUAUAACUAUGCCGUGUUUUUGUACCACUUGAAACACUACACCAAAGCACUGGCUAUGAUAAACAAAGUCUACUCAUUUAUAGAAUCUCUAGAGGAAAGUUUGGCUCAUAAAGUAUGCCUACUGAUAGUCCAAUUACAUAUAGACACUAAUAAACCUGCAGAAGCACUGAAAUUGAUUACUUACAUUGAAAGUCAAUUUGUAUCAACAGAUAAUGCCACUAACAUAUUGACUGGUAGUGCAGAUCAAGGGGGUCCUAUACACAAUGAAACGGAAAAAACAGAAAAAAAAGCUAAUUUAGAUGCUGCUACUGAUGCAUUUCGAGUCAGUCUUAUCCAGUAUCGGGUUAGGUCUCUAAUGGAGCUAAAUUCAUUUGACGAGUGUAGUCAACAAUUAAAUACAAUUAAAGAAAAACAAGACUCUAUAACAAUGUUUUUAAUAGGAAAAUUAGAAUACCUUCGUGGCAAUCAUAAAGAAGCACUAGCAAUUUUGAAACAAAUUCCUGUGAAAGAUGACUUUAUAGAGACUGGAGAGUGUUCUUCAGUUUUAAUAAAUAAUAACGUAGCUUGUUUGUAUCAUUACGCUAAAAAACCUACCUUGUCAUUCACGUCUAUUUACAAAGCAAUUGUUCAACACCAAAAGAACAUCAUUGAUGUAACAAAACCUAAUCAAGCUGAAGGUAGUCUAUCAGGUCAACCACUUCAUAUAAUUGGUGCGAGCAUUAAAACUGAGCUUAUGUUCAACUUGGGCAUAAGCCUGUUACAUGCCCGAAAACCCGAAGAAGCAUUUGACUGUCUAAUUGAAGCUGUACAAACUUAUCACAUGAACCCUAGGCUAUGGUUAAGAUUAGCAGAAUGUUGUAUAAUGACUCACAAAAAAAGCAACGACAGAGACUUUGAUUUUAAGAAACCUUAUAUUGAAGGUGUCGUAGGCUCUGGUAAACACAGGAAAAUUAUUUUGAAGUCACAGUUGUUUCCAGACACGAAAUACAGUUGUGAAGCAGUUUCUGCAUCUAUUCCAAUGCCGAGUCUCGAAUUUGGUUCUUUAUGUGUUCGUAAUGCAGUUUUAUUACUUCACAAUGAUACUAUUGACUGCUCACCUUCUCACACACCCAUCAAUACACCACACAAAGACUAUCUUUUUGGCUGCAUUCAAUCAGCUGGAGCAUAUAUAGCCUUAUGUCUAGGAGAUCCAGUGGUUGCAUUGAAGUAUUCACAAGAGUUACUUAAGUCUGACAAAAUCAAUAAAGUUCAUAAAUUUUUAGGACAUUUAUAUGCAGCCGAAGCACUGAUAUUGUCAGAUAAACCAAAUGAAGCCAUAGAUAUGCUAAAAGAGUCCAAUGCGUUUGAUGAUAUUGAACCUGAGAUACAUGAACAGCUUAGAAUUGAACAAUGGAAACCGGACAAACAGAAAUCUGCCAAGGCUGUUCUUUAUUAUAACUUAGCUGUAGCGUUGACACUUAGGGGCGACCUUGAUAAAGCUGGAGAAUUACUUAAACAAAUAUGGCUGUCGAAAAUUGAACAUGUUUCAGUACCUGUUCAUGUAGUCAUAUUGGCUCUAUACAUUCACUUACGAUUAGGCCAAAAAGAAAUUGCAAUCACCUUAAUAAAACAAAAUUGCCCGCAAGCAAAACGAUAG